AUGAGUGCCAUCAUUUGGAAUGUGAGAGGUGUAGCUAGUGUAGCUACUCGUCGGCGCCUGAAGAAACUUAUACAGCUUCAUCAAGUUUAUCUUCUAGUUAUACUAGAGCCUUUUGUUCUACAGAAAAAUUUUACAUAUACACGACACUAUCUGCGCUUCGACAUGGGAGCUCAGAAUGAAUCGAAUAAGAUCUGGAUUUUCUGGAAUUCGAGGACUAAUGUUACUGCUAUUGUUGACCAUCCCCAGUUCUUUCACGUUAGAGUUCGUGAUCGUGGCACUACUGCUUUCUCUGAUAUGAUGUUAGACUGUGGUUUAGAGGAUGCGGUGGUUUCUGAUGAUGAUUUGGGGCUUAGACCGUUCAGAUUCCUCAAUGUUUGGACCAAACACCAUGAUUUUUUAGCCUUUGUCUCCCAGAAGUGGUCGCUCCCUACUCAUCUCACAGGGAUGACCGCUCUUUGGGACAAGUUCUUCAGGCUUAAACAGGGUCUAUGUUGGUGGAACCGACAUGUAUUUGGAGAUAUUUUUCAGCGGGUGCGCGAUGCUGAGGUUGGGAAUGAUGAGGCUGAGAUAAAAUAUGAUAGAGAUCCCACACCGGAGCACCGUAACUUAUUACAUCAUGCCCAGGCAGUUUUAAACCGGACCUUAUCUAUUGAGGAGGACUUUUGGAAGCAAAAGGCCGGUUCACGUUGGGUAUGUAAGGGUGAUCACAAUACUCGAUAUUUUAAUGCGAUGGUUCAGGGGCGCAGGAUCAGAUCGCAUAUUAGGUCUAUCAGGACACAGGCGGGGGAAGUUUUAUCUACUCCGACUGAUAUUCAGACUUCAACAAUUGUAUUCUACCAGGAUCUCUUAUCUGCUACUCCACAGCCCUUGGAUCACAUCCGUUCUGAUGUAAUUCCCAGGCUCUUGACGGUGGACGAUAAUUUGGCACUAAACCGCCCCCCGUUAAUGCAUGAGGUACGGGAGGCGAUUUUCAGUAUUGAUGCUGACAGUGUCGCUGGCCCAUAUGGCUUCUCAUCUCUAUUUUUCCAACAUUGUUGGGAUAUUAUUCAGGAGGAUGUUUACAAGGCAGUAUUGAAUUUCUUUGAUGGAGGUCAUUUUCCACGAGGUUUUACUACUAUUUCUAUUGUCUUGCUCCCUAAAAAGGAUGGUGCUUGCAGAUGGACUGACUUCAGACCUAUCAGCUUAUGCACAGUGUUCAAUAAGAUUAUUACAAAGCUUUUGAACACUCGGUUAAGUACUCUACUACCCCGCAUUAUCUCCCCUCCACAGAGUGGUUUCAUACCAGGUCGUCUGAUUGGAGAUAAUGUUUUACUGGCUCAGGAGCUUCUUUACACUUUGGCAAAGUUCUAUGACUAUUUGAGUAAUUUAUAA